UACAGUUGAAAUGGGUGAAUUAUUGAAUCGUUAUGUAUUCUCGUCGCCAACAUUAGUAAAUAUUAUGACAUUGCUUGAUGAAGAAGAUGAUUACUGGGACCAAGUAUUCGUGAUACUUUAUCAGCAGGACUAUCUUACAUUUGCUGCUAACACGUUGCACAGACGGCCUUGUAGAACGCGUCCUUUUUCAGGGCAUGAAUUAGUUACUGAUCUUCUCAAUGGCCAUCCAGAUAGAGGGUACCAGCACUUUCGCAUGUCAACAACAAAUUUUAUGGCACUUCGCGAUGUGCUGCUUGCUCGAGGUUUGAUACGAGCAACACGACGUAUGACAGCCGAUGAGCAGUUAGCAAUAUUUCUAUUUUGUGUCGGUCAUGGCGUGGGAAAUAGAGUGUUGGCAGAAACAUUUCAGCAUUCGGGAGAGACAAUUAGUCGACACUUCAACAAUGUGCUACGCGCGCUUGUAAUGCUGAAGGACGAAUACAUGAAUUUGCCGCCAAGUAAUGUGACGACGCAUCCAAGAAUUCGGGACAAUAUAAAUUUUCAUCCAUUUAAGAAUGCAAUUGGAGCGAUAGACGGAACGCACAUUCCUGUGUGUGUCGAAAAGAGUGAGCAACCACGUUUUCGCUGCCGCAAGGGAUUUACUUCACAAAAUAUGAUGGCUGCCGUAUCAUUCGACCACAUUUUCUUCUUCAUUUGCACUGGUUGGGAAGGAUCGGCUGCAGAUAUGCGUGUUCUUCGAUGGGCGUGCGAUUCGGGGGGUUUUACAGUUCCCGAAGGUAAAUAUUAUUUGGUGGAUUCGGGGUACGGAAACACUAACCGAUUUCUAGCACCUUACCGGGGUGAGCGGUAUCAUUUAAGCCAAUUUGACACUUCUACGCGGGCUCGCACGCAUCAGAAUCCUCCGAAUUUAUAUAAUCAUCGGCAUGCGCAAUUGAGAAAUGUGGUAGAGAAGAGUUUUGGUAUUUUAAAGAAGCGGUUUAAGAUUUUAACUCAAGCAACUCCAUUUCCUAUCAAAGUUCAAUGCUUGAUACCUAUGGCAUGUUGUGUGCUGCAUAAUUUUAUUCGUCGACAACAAGGAAAUGAUAGAUAUUUUGUAGAACAACUAGAGCAAGAAGCCCCUGAGGGCGAUGUUGGCGAUCCACAGCCUAUUCCAAGUGGAGGUGAUGGUACGACACGAGGGGAGUCAUUGCGGCGCUCUAUUACCGACCAAUUGUGGAAUAAUCGAUCCUGAUGAAUCCUGCUUUGAUCAAAAUAUGUAGGACUACAUAUUAAUACCAUGUGUAAUAAUUUUAUGUAAUG